UUCAAAGGUAACAUUUAUUUAGUAUCAUGAAAUGUCGGGGGAAAACGAAGCGUAUUAGUAAAAAUGAGCACAGUGUGUACCCGAAAGUUUCUUUCUUUGGUCUGUUCCGAUAUGCUAGUAAGACAGAUAUAUGUGCACUAGUAGUGGGAUGUAUUUGUGCUGUUGCAGUUGGUGCCGCAUUCCCACUUAACAUAUUUAUCUUCAAAGGGGUUGUAAACGAAUUUACAGGGGGGAAUGUUGUUAUUGCGGAAAACGUAUACGACUCAGUGAAAUGGUUUGCUGUUUUGGGAGCUGCAAUGUUUCUCGUUUCAUUUAUCCAGGACUUUUGCAUGAAUAUUUCAGCAAGCAGGCAGAUUAACCGGAUCCGUCUGCUGUAUUUCAAAAGUAUUUUACGACAAGAUAUUCCAUGGUAUGAUGAACAGUCAUCUGGGUCACUAAUCAGCAAACUUUCUCAGAAUAUCGAGCUCAUUGAACGUGGUAUUGGAACAACACUCGGGGGUUUUAUAAAACACAUAUCAGGAUUCAUAGUAGGCAUCAUAAUAAGUUUUUCAGUGGGAUGGAAACUUACACUAGUAGCUUGUUGCAUGUUACCUGUUAUUGCUGCAGUUUUUGGAUGUUUCGGUUUCAUUAUGAAAUAUUUCACUGUUAAGGAAAUAGCUGCAUAUGCACGAGCAGGUUCUAUCGCUGGCGAAGUUUUAGAAGCUGUUCGUACUGUUGUGGCAUUUGGUGGCGAGCAGAAGGAGCUAGCAAGAUAUAGUGAGCAGCUUGUAUUUGCCGAAAAGGUCGGGCUCAAAAAGUCGACGGCAACUGGUGGAGUAACUGGUGCCAUAGGAUUAGCCAUCUUUUGUUCCUCUGCACUGAUAUUUUGGUAUGGUAUUAAAUUAAUGAUUGACGAAAACUAUAAUGCCGGAUCUGUAAUACUGGUAUUCAUAAAUGUUCUCUUGGGAAGUAUUUUUCUGGGCAACGCUCUACCAAGUUUUCAAUAUUUCAUGAACGCACAGGCAUCAGCCUCUGAAAUUUAUGGUACUAUUGAGCGUAUCCCUCAAAUUGAUAAAGACCGACAUGGAAAUCUCGUUCCAAACUUUUCUGGAAAUGUUGAGUUCAAAAAUGUUUCUUUCGUAUAUCCAAGCAGACCAGAUAUUACUAUUUUACAGGAUUUUAGUCUGACGAUCAAAAGUGGACAAACUAUAGCUUUGGUUGGACCCAGUGGUUCAGGAAAAAGCACCAUUAUUCACAUGCUGCAAAGAUUUUAUGAUCCUGUGAGCGGCGAGGUACUAAUUGAAGACGAGAAUAUCAAGAAUUUGGACUUGAAAGCUUAUCGUAAUCAGAUAGGUUGUGUACAACAAGAACCGAUACUUUUCGAAGGAACUAUCAGUGAUAACAUAAGGUUAGGAAAACUUGAUGCAACUCAAGAUGAGAUAGAAGAAGCUGCGAAGCUUGCUAAUGCUCACGAUUUUAUUCAACAACUUCCGGAUACAUACGACACUUUUGUUGGUGAACGAGGUGGCGGAAUGUCAGGUGGUCAGAAGCAACGUAUAGCGAUUGCCCGAGCUUUGAUUAGAAAACCAAAGUUACUCCUACUGGACGAAGCGACGUCAGCUCUUGACACAAAAUCAGAACGUGUAGUUCAAGUGGCAUUGGACAAAGCGAGUAAGGGGAGAACAGUUGUGGUUGUUGCCCAUCGUCUUACAACAGUUCGUAACGCAGAUUUAAUAAUCGUUCUUGACAAGGGAGUAGUUCGAGAGUCUGGAACACAUGAAGAACUUGUGGCUCAAAACGGUCUUUAUGCAGCAAUGCUUAGUAAUCAGGGAAUAAGUGAGAAAAGUGCAAAUGAAGAUGCUGAGUUAUCUGAUGAAGAAUUGGUUGGAAAUUUAGACAAUGAGACACAGACUUCGAAGAAAUUGGACGGUGUGUGGACAAUUGGGGAUGAUCAAGAAAACAUAUCUGAAAGUACUGGAACGUUGCCCCGUAGAAGUAUGUCAAUUACUGCAGCAUCACAAAUCACACGGGCUCAGCUGAAAAAAGUAAAGAAAUCUCCUACAUUAAGAGUUUUACAACUUAACAAACCUGAAUUGCCGUUAAUUAUCAUAGGUUGCUUCUGUUGUCUGGUAAAUGGAACUGCUCAGCCAGCAUUUGCACUUCUAUACACUGAAGUGUAUGACAUAUUCACUUUGAGAUCAAAUCCUGACUUAAUGUCCAGUCGAAUUAGUCUUAUAAGUGGAAUGAUGGUGUUAAUUGGAGUUUUGCGUUUCACUGCUUCUCUUUGUCAGGGAUUUCUUUUUGGGAAAUCAGGUGAAAAACUAAUCAAACGUAUACGUUCUAUGGUUUUUGAAGCUAUUCUACGUCAAGAAAUUGCAUGGUUUGAUGAACCAGAAAAUCAAGCAGGUGCAUUAACAGCCAAACUUGCUACAGAUGCAACAAAAAUGUCAAUGAUUUCUGGUGCACAACUGGGUUUUAUUAUAGAAGCUUUAGCACUGAUAAUUAUGUCACUUGUGAUAGCAUUCAUUUACAGUUGGCAGUUAACUUUGGUUGUGUUAGCAUUUUAUCCGAUUAUCGUCAUUGGUGGAUAUUUACAGAUGCGUUCAAUGUCAGGAAAAGGCAAGAGUAGAAAUGACACUGAAUCAAUGCGAGUAGCUCAAGAAGCAAUCGGCUCAAAUCGUACUGUAACUACACAUACCUUAGAGGAAUACUUUUUCAAACGUUUUAAAUCUUAUGCUUCUGAAAAUCAAAAAAAAAGAACCAAAAAAAUUCUUUUUUACUCUUUGGUUUAUGCACUCGCUGAGGGUGUGCCAAUGUUUUCAUUUGCGGCAGCAUUCGCCCUAGGUGCAUAUUUGGUUUCAACAAAUGUUAUAACAGUAGUCGCAGUAUUCAGAGUUUUUGCAACCAUCAGCAUGAGUGCACAGUCACUUGGUCGUUCUGCUACGUUAGUUAUGGAUGCAAGGGAAUCAAAGCCUGCAGCGAAAAGUAUUCUAGCACUUUUAGACAGACAAUCCCUCAUUCCAGCUAACGUGGGAAUUGUACCAUCAGAAUCAUUCAGAGGGAAAAUUUCUUUCAAUCACGUUUAUUUUAAAUACUCUUGUCGAUCUGAAGGCCGGGUUUUAAAGAACUUUACUCAUACAGUUGUGCCCGGUCAAACAGUCGCGUUAGUUGGACCUUCUGGGUGUGGGAAAUCAACAUUGCUUCAGUUAGUAUUGAGAUUCUACGAUCCAUCAUAUCACGGUCCCGAUAGUGGUCUGUUUUUUGAUGAUAUGAAUAUUAGAAAUAUUGCACCUAGUUGGGUUAGAAAACAGAUUGGUCUUGUUUCACAAGAACCCACUUUAUUCGAUCUCACGAUAAGAGAGAAUAUUGCGUAUGGAGACAAUAGUCGAGAAGUGACGAUGGAAGAGAUUAUUGAGGCAGCACGUGCAGCUAACAUCCAUGAUUUUAUUACAACACUUCCAGAACAAUAUGAAACCAAAGUUGGACAACGUGGAACAAAGUUAUCUGGAGGACAGAAACAGAGGAUAGCCAUUGCACGAGCUUUAGUUCGUAAACCUGUUUUACUCGUGUUGGACGAAGCCACCUCAGCUUUGGACAAUGAGAGUGAGCGGAUAGUUCAAGAAGCCCUUGACGCUGCUAUGGGGUCGAGAACAUCAUUAGUUGUUGCUCAUCGCUUGUCCACAGUUGUCAAUGCUGAUCUGGUAGUUGUGUUACAGGAUGGACGUAAGAUAGAGUCAGGACCACCAGCAGCACUUCUGGAAAUGAAAGGAGCUUUCUAUGCAUUGCAUCAUGUAGAAAAUUGAAUUGUCUACCUGAACUUUUCUGUGAUCCUACUAUUUUCAAAUACUUUAUACUAUAUUUGGAACAAAGUUAAUUAUUUGGCGUAUCUUUAAUUCAUUUGCAUAAAUAAAUUAUUUUAUUCAGCGAA